AUGUCAUCAAUUCCAACUCAACAACAUUCAACUUCAAUUCCAACAGGUGGAGUUCCUCCAAUUGGUGAAUCAUCAUCAAAUUAUGGUUCAAAUUCAUCUUCAUCACAUCAACAACAACAUACUGCAUCAAAUCCUUUUACUGAUCCAUCAAAUAAAUCAUCAAAUACUGCUCCAUUAGCUUCAGGUUCAUCAGUUACUCCAACUACUGCUUUUAAUCAACAACAACAUGCUACUUUUAACUUAUUAACUUGGAAAGAUCCAAUUUAUACUGGUAAAAUUUUUGGUUCAAUUAUAUUUGGAUUAAUUAUUUUUAAAACUAUUAAUUGGGUUAAUAUUAUUUUCCAUUUAUCUUAUAUUUUAUUAUUAAUUACUGCUGCUGCUGAAUAUUCAGGUAAAUUAAUUACUGGUAAAGGAUUUGUUACAAAUUAUAAACAAAGAUCACCAGAUUCUUCAAUUGCUAAAAAAUUUAAUAAUGAAAUUUUACCAAUUAUUGGUUCAUUAAAUAUUGAAAUUGAAACUCAAUUAAAAAAAAUUUUUUAUGCUAGUGAUAUUGAAACUACUUUAAAAGCAAGUGGAAUUUCUUAUAUUUUAUAUAAAUUAACUUCAUAUGUUUCAUUAUUUAAUUUAUUUGUUGCUUCAAUUAUCUUGGUUUUCACAAUUCCAUUUGUUUAUACUCACCAUAAAAAAGAAAUUGAUGCUGCAGUUACAAAAUAUACAAAUGUUGCUAAAUCUCAAAUUUCAGAAUUAACUACAAAAGCUCAUAAAGCAGCUGGUCCACGUUUUGAUGAAUUUAUUAAAAAAUUAGGUCCAGUUGGUGAAUUUGUUCAAUCUAAAAUCCCAACAAGAACUGCUGGUUCAACUGUUGGUACUUCAAAGGCAACUAAAUAUGGUACUGCUGCUGAUAAUCAAUAUGAACAACAACAUACUACUUCAUCAAUUCAUACUGGUAAAGGAAAUUCAGAAAUUACUACUGGUGCUGGUACAACAAAGCAACCAUUUGAAUCAUCAACUGGUGUUUCUACUGGUAGUUCAAAAUUCCCAAAUGCUCCAACUUCAGGAUUAUCCGGUUUACAUCCAACAACUGUUGAAGAUGUUGCAAAUGAUUCAUUUGAUGACUUUGCUGAUACAACUCAAGAAUAUAAACCAUCAACUCAUAAAUUUUAA